AUGGACAAGCCCUUCCAUCCCGACGAUUGGGAGCCCACUCGGCCCUACGAGCAAGGAGAGACACGCUUAGACCGGGACACGGUAGGCGCCCUCGUGGAUUUGAUGAAUCGGGAAACAGACACGAUCCAGCGCCACCCGUACGAUCCGAGUUCCUGGCUGCGGCGUUCGCGCACGCUGGCGAGCCUCCGCUACCCCGAGCUCGCGGCGGGAGAUGCGCACAAGGCCUCUCUGCUGUGUCGGAAGAUGAUGAGCAAUUUGACGCCACAGCGGCGGGGAUGGCGGGUCGGACAUCGCAUGGGAUUCUGGAUGCGAGGAGAAGAAGAAGAAGGAGAAGAAGAAGAAGAAGAAGAAGAAGGCUGUGCGAGCUCAUCUGACAUGGACCUUGAACACGAGCGCCAACGGGAGUACUUGAUGGCUCUUCAGCAGCAGGCCGAGAAGCUACUCGAGGGAAACGUGUAUCUGUAUCCGGAGGAGGAUGAGGGACUCUGCGUGUUGAGGCCUUACCCGUGGCUGAGAGAGGAACACACUUACCGCUCGGACGAGCUGGUGGACUCGCUCAAUCGCGACCUUCUUGACCCCAACAGUACAAACGGUGGAAAGUCAUGCUGUGUACUGAAGCGCUACGCUUUCGGCAAGGGAGUAGGAGCGCGCGAGGGUGCCGACUUACUCGGGGUGUUCGCAUCUCGUGACAUCAGCAGAGACGAGGUCAUCGUCGUUGACAAGAGCAGAGUCUGGGUAGGUCGAGCCGCGAUGCAUACGACGGGGACGCAAAGCUGAAAAAUCGUACUAGGGAUGUAACGGACCUGGAAAGCAAGGAGACCUCAGAAACCUCUUUGGUGGAGUGGCCUGCAUGGAUCCAGGCCAUCCGAACACAGAGGGAGAAAGUGUGCAACAAGACCUCAGAUGGAUUCGCGAUCGCUGCGGAAGGAGAGCCGUGGAAGCCAUCGUGAAGGUCCGCUUCCUUAUGUGCGCCAUUGAGGACGGCGUCCAUCAUCCACUAGAUCACCACCUCAUUGCCGCGCUGACGCCAACUUACCGCAAAGACAAGUUCAGACACUUCUCUCUCGACAGGGACAUCGCCGUCCCCAACGAAGCACUGCAACAAUUCGGCAUUGACAUCUUCGCCAAUCUAAACUGGGACACGUGGACCAUUUUCGUCCUAAUGGCACGCGUCGAAAACAACUCCUGGGGCGAUCCACACACGGCCGGCGUAAAUCCUCUCUUCUCCAUGUUCAACCACUCUUGCGAGCCGAACGUCAAAUGGCGGAUUCCCGAGGAUCAUAGGACAAUGACGAUGUCGACUCUGCGAGAGGUGCAGAAAGGAGAACAGCUCUUUGUCACCUAUAACGGGUUCAUGGCCGACCAGCCUCUUCCAGUACGGCGCAAAACAUUCUGGAGAUGGCUGGAUGGACCUUGCCAGUGCUCGCGAUGCCUGAGAGAGCAAAACGAAGCGAAGGAUAGGGACGGCUGGUCGCCCGAAUGGAGCUUUUCGAGCUCUGGUUCCGGAGACUGGGUAAGUGGUGAAAUGCCCGGAUAG